AAACGAAUUUUGGCAAAAAAAUGUGUGUUUCUAUUAAACGAUACGAACUUUUCAGCCGAACUGUUAAUACAAUAUGGGUAUUUUUGGAACGGGUUUAAAGAGUAGAUUCCGAAAAAUUAUGUUUGAAGUAUUUUGGAAAUGCAAGAUGGCGACUACCGGUUUAUCGAUAUUCCUUUAAAACAUUAACAUUGUGGGUAUUUUUGGAAAGUAUUUAAUAAACAGAUGCCGCAAAACUAUGUUUGGUGUCGUCUCGAAUUCCAAUAUAACAUCCUCCGAUUUGUCGAUAUGCCUUAUAAACCCUUAAAACAAAGAAAUUUCCGAAAUAUAUUGGAUACCAAUAAACGAUGUUUGAGCUCGUUUCAAAAUUCAAUGAGGUGACUUCCGGUAUGGUGUUCUACAAGAAUACCAAGUUCAAGGAAAAUGGCAAAAACUUUCAAAAAAUACCAAUAAACUGGAAGUCACUGUUUUGCAUUUCAAAACCAUCUCAAAUCUCAUUUUCCGACGUCUACUUUUCAAUCUCUUUCCGAAAGUACCCGUAUUGAAUGGGGUUUCAAGGAAUAUCAACAAACCGGAAGUCGCCAUCUUGGAUUUAAGAGCCGCCAUCUUGGAUUUUGAAACGAGCCCAAACAUCAUUUUUUUGCACUUACUCUUCACAUCCGCAACACUUUUAUACACAUUCUGUCAAAUUUUGACGCAUAUCGUACGAUUAGUUUUUGUUUGGCGUCUAUACAAAGAAGUUGAAAAAUUUUCGUGUGGCAAUUUUUAUAAUGGAUGAAAAUUUAGAACAACGGCUCGCCUUCGAAGCGCCAUUCGGUCGAUUGUUGUGCGGUUUCGACGUCAUAUUCAUAGAUCCACACCUCAUCACCAGUUAUGAUGCAUUCGAUGAAUGUGGGGUCACCAUCUGCGUUGGAAAUCAUCUCUUUGGCCACAUCAACACGACGAUGUUUUUGAAUGAAAUUCAGCUUUUUUGGUACCAGCCGAGAAGCGACGCGUUUCAAACCCAAAACAUCAGUUAAAAUGUGUUCGGCUGAUCCAUAAGAGAUGUCCAACAACACAGCAAUCUCUCUAAUCGGUACAGAACGAUUUUGCAACACGAUUUGCUUCGCCGAUUCAAUGUUUUCUUCAGUAACAGAUGUUGUUGGGCGGCCAGGGAUCUCAUCAGGAUCCAAGCUUGUACGACCACCUUUGAAGCGUUUAUACCACUCGUAUGCCUGUGUUUUUUCCUAGACACGAUCCACCAAAAGCCUUUUCUAACAUAUUCAACGUUUCGGAACACUUAAAUCCAUUUGCAACACAAAAUUUGAUGCACACACGUUGUUCUAAAUUUUCAUCCAUUAUAAAAAUCGCCACACGAAAAUUUUUCAACUUCUUUGUAUAGACGCCAAACAAAAACUAAUCGUACGAUAUGCGUCAAAAUUUGACAGAAUGUGUAUAAAAGUGUUGCCAACGUUGAAAGAAUAAAAGUUUACCGAUUGGACAAGCGCGGGAAUUUUGAAAUGAAAAUUCCGGUUCUAUUUUGAUGAUAAGGUAUGAUUCGCGGUUUCCAUAUUAAUUACACACAAUUUUUUUUACGAACCAAAUCUCAAAUAACGUAAACUUUUUUUUACGAACUACCUCUUUUUACGAACCCCCGUUUAGUUCUUAAAUGAAGGUUUCGGUGUGCUGUCAUUCCCCUUAUGUGUACUUGGAUCACUGAAGUUAUGAACAAAUAUUGUUAGGUCAUAUUGGAUCUACUUCGGGAUUGUAAAUCUGAAAAUUGGGGUAAAUGUAGCGCGAAGCAUGCGAUCAUGGAGACUAUCUGUUCAUUAUUUUUUGAGGUUAUAUGCGAAACAUAGUUUGACAUUGUUUAACCAUAAUUGGUCCAAACACCGAUCAGUAGAACUUUUCUUUUCUGUAAAUUCUUGGAAGAAGAUGACUGGGGGUAAAACAGAAUACAGUUCUUUGCGAUCAAUCUUAUUAAAAACAAUCCAUUUAUCUUACUUAUAAACAUGUCAGGAAUACCGUCCUAUUGGUCGAAUUCAAUUUUUUCCCGAGUUUCACAGUUAGUUUUCGAAGUAAAGUCAGAAAAAGAGGAAUUGGAGCAAAACGGGCAUGAUAGUGAAUUUUGCGGUUCUUCUAACUACCAUAAAUCGAUUCUGGGGAAAAAUUUGCAAAAGAAAUAGUAACUUCAAAAAUGUUUGCUUAGGUUUUUACCUUUUUUUAUAAACAUAAAAAAUAGGUAUAGAAUUCGCUCAAACUUAAGAAAAAUUUUCCGAGGUCCGAAGGGCCGAAUGUCAUAUACCAAUCGAUUCAGCUCGACGAACUGAGCAAAUGUCCGUGUGUGUGUGUUGUCAACUAAGAGGUCGAGAUCUCAGAGAUGGCUGGACCGAUUUUUAUAAAACUAGUCGCAAAUGAAAGGUCUCCCCGUCACCCAAAACGUUAUUGAAUGGUUUUGAGAUCGGAUGUUUACUUUUUGAGUUAUACUAAGUUUUAUGUCAACAUUUUCAGUUUUUUGACAGUAUCUGUCACAAUUGACCUUAAAAACAGAAUAUAUUUUCAGACUUAGAUCCCGCACGGUAAUGCCUAUCCAACAAGCCAUAGAUUGUUAAAAUCCGUCCAUUUUUAACGGAGAUAUCGAAAUUUUUGUGUAAACGACUUUUCUUCCUAUUCCAGCAGUAGGAGUUUUGAGCGCUGUCUGGCAAAGAAAUGCUUGGGAGCAACGUAAAACACGAUUUUUUAUACUGUUACAUACAAUUGCUUCUAAGUACCCAAAAGACUGUGUACAGCAUGAUAUUUUGCCUCGAACCGAUUCUAGCACGGUUCGUUUUUGGCAACAUAAUCGUUCGAAUAUGCCACAUGUAAACCAGAUGAUGGCAGAAUUGUCGAGUUGAAAGCAAUUCCAUAAUUAUAUUGAUUUAAACUACUUACAGCAGUGAAUGCUGGAAGAACAUAACAGCCAUAUACCAUUCGAAUCAGUUCGUCGAGAUCAGCAAAUGCGUGUGUCAAUUUUUUCGAAGAUGACUCAACUGUUUUCUACAAACUCAGAUUCAUAUGAAAAGUUGUAUACUCCCAAAUAAGGUUGCUGAAUUAUGUUUGGCUCCGACCUCUGAUUCCGGAACUACAGGAUGAUAUGUGAAACGAAAUUAAAACUGUGUAACUCAUUUUUCUAUUUUUCUCGUAGAUUUCUGAACCGAUCUAAGAUUCAAAUGAAAAGUUUUAAGAUUCUAUAAAACAUCUUGUUUCUUCUAGAGUCAGAUCCGGUUUCGGAGAUACAGGGUGAUUAGUAUAAAAAUGUCUAUUUCACAUAAAUUAAUCAUGUUUAUCGGGUUGGCAGAUUUGGAUAGUCGAUAACCAAAUAAACUUAUUUCAUUUUUGGUUGUAUUCAGUUUUCGUUUCGGAAGGCACACAAAAAUUUAAUUCGCGCUACGAUUUCUCAAAGAUGUCUACACUGAUUUUCAAACAUUUUCAGUCAAAUGUAAACUAUACAGCUACUCAGGUGAAUUUGUCUGACAUCGCCUACACCGAAUUUCGAAUUCCGGUUCCAGUAUCGAAUCAUUUUCUCAAAAACUACAAGGAUCAGCCCCAUGGGAUUGCUCGAGCCAUUGAUGUGGAACAAGCAACCAUGAUUGUAAUGAUCUACAAUCAAAAAGUUCAAUAAAUCCGAACCAACACCGAACAUCACUUGUCUUGAUUUGCAUUUGAUUUUUAACCGACGAAAUUACACCAUUAUCCCAAAUGUAUGCAAUUAUAUCUUUGUACAUUCUUGCGAUUUCGAUAAUAAAGCCUUUGUUCGCCAAGCUUGUGUUCAAGUUUUUUAUGCAAGCAGUGUUUUUAGCGUUAAGUUUCUCUACCAUUCAGCGAUUUCGAUUGAAGCGAUAUACUUUUUCUCAUUAUCAAUCGAGUUCAUCUAAUAUAAAUUAAAAAUUAAUCUUAAACACUCAAAAUUUAUCCAGAAGUAGUUGUCAAUUUCUCAUGGGGAAACGACAUAACAUGGAAUUCCGAGCUUGCAUGACACACGAUCAGAGCAUUCCAAUUAAGGGCUGAGGCCAGUGUGUUUUAGGGCGUUUUAAAGGGCUAUUUUCACGCUUCAAAUCUUAUUUUCUCAGAAACGGUGACGAAUAUAAAAAAAAACCCAACUGACAAUCUCUUAGAAAACUAGUUUAGAUUAUUCUGUGAAAAUUUCAGAAUGAUUGUUUGACUUUAGCGGUCGGGAAAGUCUUUUUUCUGAAGGAAGAGUUGCAUAGCUGAAAACGGCAACUUUCAACUUGUUCAUUAAAUAUCUCGCCUUCAAAAGCAUGGAUCAAAAAUCUAUCCUGACAAUGUCUAGAUAAUUUAGUUUAGAUGCGAUUAUUGCAUAAAAACAUAUAUGUUGUCGCGAUAAAAAUUAAGUGAAUGUUAUUUAUGUAAUGGUAAGUACGUUUCUUUGGCGGCACCAUUUUUUUCUGCUCUUGUAUCCUGGUAACGUAACUAAACAUGAGAGAGAAAUAAAAUUGGCUCAGCAAGGCUCCCAAACAAGCGGUAGCUUUAUUGGAUUUUAUGUGAUGUAGUCUUGUAACUUGUAACCGAAAAUAUCAAAACUUUCUUGGCCACCCGGCCACAUCGAGAGUCAUUUUAUACAUUUACGAGAGAGCAUGGAGAGAAAUGUAAUACGCACAGCGAGCGACACGUUUUUACGCUAACAACUGGCAUCAGCCCUUAAAGCUUCAAAUCGUUUUAUGGCACUUUUUGUCUUGCUGUCUAGCAACAACCUACCUCUAGCAUGCUAGGAGUAGGACUGAAACGUUAGCUUUAAUUUCGCUUCUAUUUAUAGAUUCGCAUGCUUCCAACAACUUCGCUUUUGCAUCGAUUGACCAAUCAGAGCGAUGCUCUCUCUUGGAUACAUCGCUUACUAAUUCAAAACCGUCGUCUAUGACAGGGAAAUCCGGAUUUUUAGCAGCUAAAUAGGACACUGCUCGAUACUAAUCAAAAUUUCAAUAAUUUAUUAUUGAAAAUACGUGGCUUGAUACAUUCAAAUCGAAACGUAGAAAUAUUUCCUAUCAAAUGAUGAAAUAAUAUUAAUAAUUGAUACAAAAUAGACUGAGCUGUAAGUAUUUAAAACCUGACCACAUUUCUACGUGUAUUUUUCUUGAGUUUCUAAUUUGCACCCCUGUAUAGAAAACAAAAAUGUGUUCCACAUCAAAAAAGCCAAAUCGAAUUCCAGAAACAAAAAUUCAAAUUAAAAUAAAUCCAAUUUUAUUGAAUUCUGGAAUUAUAGGAUGAAUUUUUAAAAUUUAAACCGAUAUAGAAGAUGACAAUCCCGAAAAGCUUCAAAGUUGGACUCAAAACUAUUGCAAUUUAUUCGUCAUAUGGCCAUACGAAUCGGUUUGGGUUAUGCUGGUUCCUGAAUACCGGCUCUGGAAGUACCUUAAAUUACCCUAAACUCUAAAGUGGAAAUUAAAAUCUCAAAUUGCUACUUAAAACGACGGACAUUAAAAUAAUGUCACGGAAACUGAAACACCAAAAAAUAUUCAUGCAAAAAACACAUGCGGAUUGAUAAAAAAAGGUAUCAUCUCACCGCUAGGUGGAUUAAGCACGUUUUUUAGUUUUUGAAAAAGUGUUUAACUUUUUUUACAGUGUUAAUUUUUUAAGAGUGCUUCAUUAGCUUCUUCAUGGAAACCAUUUUUGUACAAUUUCCAGUUUCCGAGUUACCACGAUUUGAAGAAAGUGCAUGCAAAACUACAUACACCUUUUCCAAAAAAAAGCAGCCUCUAGUCAAAUUGGUCUCCAGAUCCGUGCAAAAUAAAUGUUUUGUCAUACUGAAAACGUGUAAAGUUUCAUCCGAAUCGACUCAUAUUUUCAUCGGCGUAUAAUUUUUUUAGAGGACCCAAUCGAUUCCAUACACCUUUGUCUUGGACACAAAUUUUGCACAAAUAACGAUUUUUGAUUUGAUUUGAGAAAUGUGCUUGAACAAGUACAUAUGUUUUAUUCCAAAAAUUAAUCUUGAGUCGAAUUGGUCUUUCGAACCGUGGGCCAAGUUUGCUAGUAUUGCUCAGUCAACAUUCACGAAAGUUGAAAUUCGUGUGAUCAUACUGAGUUAUUAUUAUACUAAAAUGUCCACUUUCAUAAAGUUCGAACCUUCGAAUCAAAAUAGAAGUUUACCAUUUGACAAUUAUCAUUUUUUUUUUUCAACAAGACAAGUUUAUCACACCCGAGUACUGCCCAAACCCCGCCCCCGUUUCGAUCCUUUCCCCCCUCAUCAUUGUGAUUAGGAGGCCAGCCAAAGCGUGCAACUCAACCGAAAGGCAAACCAGCUCGUUUCGCAUCCUUAGUCGCUAUUUAUUUAGGCCUCUCCGAAGUGCUGUUUUGUCAUUCUCCGCCACCCUGUCACGGUUCAGCGAUCACCGGACGGCUCGGGGUAAACACGAUUACAAGUCAACAUUUUCUUCAGUUUUGAUUACUCACAUCCUCGCCGGUGGUAGUCGACAAAUCGACAAUCUCAAGCGACUGUUGCUGGCCGUUCAUUGCUUCGUGUCCUUCCACCAUCGGUUAGUCCAACAAAAACAACGACGACGACGACUAUGACGACUUUGCAACUCUCGGCCGGCCGAUGAACGCCGACACGACAGCAGCCUGCUUCGAUCGCGAAUGUUUUUUAGUACACUCGCAGCCACGAUUCGAUUAUCACUGCGUUAAUCUCCGGUCUGUCUUAGCUGUCCUGUCACCAAAGCAAAGUUUCGUGUGUUUCGUAGUUCGCAACAACGAGUAAAAGAACACCAGUUGAGGUCUAUUGUUUGUUUGUUUGUUUGUUUGUUUGUGAGUACAAAAGCACGCGCUGGUCAUCCGGAAUGAGUGUCAAUCGCUUCGAAAUUUCGGACAACGCCGACGAGCUGAAUCAGGAGAUCGACGACACAAACUUUCCGCGCAGUAACUCGAUCAACGGCAACGGUUCGAUCAACAGCCUGAACGGCCAUGCCGGCGGAAUGACCGCCUUUGCGAAUCGGCGCCGUUCGAGCAGCCUGCGGAAAGCCGAAUCGGAAUCGGUGGACGACGACAACGACGAUGCGGCAGCAGCGGAUGCCCAGGAAAACGGUGGCCCCGAGGUGAACCGGGCCGUACCGGCUCCGAACAGAACAUCCAGCUUUUCAGGUGAGGUGUUUGCCAGCGGGAAUUCCGUUCCGACUACUCCGCGCACCAUUUUGACCCCAGGUCAUCAAAAAUGUACAUUUCAUCACGAUCUGGAGCUGGACCACAAACCGCUGACUCGAGAGGAUUUACUGCCGCUAAUGUCAAAAUCGUACCGAAUGCUGCUUAGCAGUCUCGGCGAGGAUCCUGAACGACAGGGCCUACUGAAAACUCCCGAACGUGCUGCCAAGGCCAUGUUGUUCUUCACCAAAGGAUACGACCAAAGCUUGGAGGAAGCCCUCAACGGUGCCGUGUUUGAUGAAGACCACGAUGAAAUGGUUGUCGUUAAGGAUAUUGAAAUGUUUUCGAUGUGCGAACACCAUCUGGUUCCGUUCUACGGCAAGGUUUCGAUCGGUUAUCUACCCUGCAAGAAGAUUCUCGGUUUAAGCAAACUGGCCAGUGACGGAAAAGGCCAAGCCCUCGUUAGAAUCGUGGAAAUCUUCUCCCGUCGGCUGCAGGUCCAGGAACGUCUAACGAAACAGAUUGCCGUGGCCGUGACACAAGCCGUCCAACCAGCCGGCGUUGCCGUCAUCAUCGAAGGAGUUCACAUGUGCAUGGUGAUGCGAGGUGUCCAGAAGAUCAACAGCAAAACGGUAACUUCCACCAUGCUGGGAGUUUUCCGGGACGAUCCGAAAACCCGCGAGGAGUUCCUAACCCUGUGCAACAAUAAAUAGAAACCGGGGUCCCAAGAAAUCCCAGCGGAGAGCAAGAAGAUGCAUGCUGAAUUUUACAAUGGAACACGGAAUGAUAUGGCGUUGUUGUUUUAGAAAAUUUUAAACUCAUAUAUUUGUGGCAAACCCAGGAGGAAAUGCCGUUCUGUUGUUGUCUAUUUUACGGAGGUUGUCCAAAGUCAACCCGUUUUAUCGCGUACGUCAAUGAUAGUGUGAGGUCCGGAACUUAUAUAAAUUGUUGUUAAUCAAAAUGAAAUGCUGUUAAACAAAAAUGAAAAAGAGAACGAGAGAGAGAGAGAGAGAGAGAGAGAGAGAGAGAGAGAGAGAGAUAAACAUUGCACACGAAGCAAGCGAAUAUGAUAGAACUUACCAAUCGUGGACCAACCGAAAGUUACAAUGAAACAAUCAUACUCUUAUUAUAAUACCUAUUGCCAAUAUUAAACAUACAAGGGACAUUUACCGAAAUAACAAUGAUGCGAUACGAUUUUAGACUACGAUAUAUUUUAGAGAAAACAUUUUACUAGCCGAAAUGGUAUUACGUGCAGAGUAGCGAUCGUCUUUGGCUUAUUUGGGUGGAAAAUGCAAAGCAGCGAGCUCACCCAGAUGAACUCGAUCAACUAGCUCUGUGCCAACUCCUGUAUGUGUAUUCAAAUAUUCCCUGUUCUUGUUAUAAGCUAUGUGAAUUAUACCUCCCGUCGAACGACAAUAUAUAUUACCGCGAUCAGCAAAGAUCAUAUGAAAUAAAUGUUAUCGUCAUGCUUCAUUCCCUGCAUAUCGACAGGCGCA